UUGUUGUUGUUGUUGUUGUUGUUGUUGUUGUUGUUGUUGUUGUUGUUGUUGUUGCUGUUGUUGUUGUUGCUGUUGUUGUUGUUGUUGUUGUUGUUGCUGUUGUUGUUGCUUUUAUGUCAAACACCAAAGUUUCCAGAUGAUUCAGUGACUGAGGUGAAUGAGGUGAGAGACAGAAACAGGAAGUGUUCCACCACAUCCACACAAACAAACACUCCUUUAACUUCAUCACUCCAUCUGAGCUUCGUUCACAUGUUUAUUAUUAUGUUUCAUUCUAAAUUAAUAAUUGAGCUUCAUCAAAACGAUUGAUGUUGAUUCUGACUCAACCAGUUAAAACAAGUUGAUCUGAGUUUGAAUCAGGUUGAAACAUGAACUCACAGUCUGAGAACAUCCUGUUAAUGUGUGUGUGUGUGUGUGUGUGUGUGUGUGUGUGUGUGUGUGUGUGUGUGUGUGUGUGUGUGUGUGUGUGUGUGUGUGUGUGUGUGUGUGUGUGUGUGUGUGAGGAUGAGCUGGGCAGUGUCGGUGCAGCCUCAGACUCUAGUCGUCUCCUCCAAUGAGGCUGAAUGGACGUCAGGGAUCUGUGACUGCUGCCACGACAUGAAGCAAUGUUGUUGUGCGUUCUGGUGCUGUCCCUGCUUCGCCUGUAAAACCACUAAAGAGUUCGGUCAGUGUCUCUGUCUCCCCCUGCUGGACGUCUGCGGCUGUGUCUGUCCCAUCACCAUGUCCAUGAGAGUCUCUGUCCGCCAUCGCUACGGCAUCAGAGGCAGUCUGUGCAGCGACUGUCUGUGCUCCACCUUCUGUCUUCCCUGCGUCUGGUGUCAAAUCUCCACAGAGAUGAAGAAAAGAAAAAUCCCCACUGUGCUGAGUGACAUCAUCCAACGCUGAUGACAUCAUCCAACGCUGAUGACAUCAUCACUGUGACAUCACUGCCUCUAGACUCAGGCUCCAGUUAACUCAGUCUGAUUCACAUGUUCACUGUCUCUGCACAUUAUGAUAAAUAAACUGUUAUAUUUCGUUUUCAUCUUCUUUAUCCGACAUGUUCGUCUUUAUACUUUAGGAUUUAUUUCAUUCUGUGUUUUUUAUUGUUCUAAUGUGAUUCUUCCAUUUUAAUAAAUUAAUUUAUCUUAA